AUGUUCAAAUUUGUGUGCACAGGAGAGACUAAAUUGAGUACUUAAAUGGGUGUAAAUUCAGUGUGUUACUAUACGUUGUGACAGAUUAGUAAACGAUUAGGUUGGUGUGCUAGUUUAUGUUGUUAAAUUUGCAAGGGUUAUCAGAUUGAGCUGUAUGUAAUGGUGGUAAAUAUUCUUAGUUUACUUUGGAGGUUAAGCUUAGUGUUUGUGACAAUUUGUGUACUUGAAACCUUAGGCGCAAGAUCUGAGUUUUCACGGCCAGAUGGAAGAGCAAAUAAUUUACAUAACAUAUUAACUCUGGUCACAAAAUGGGGUUACCCAAUAGAGAAUCACGUAGUGACUACCUCUGAUGGGUAUUCGCUGACGUUAUUCCGUAUCCCAAGUCUAUUUGAAGACCCCAAAAAGUCGCCGGUGUUCUUGCAGCACGGAUUGGUAUCUUGCGGAGGGGUCUUUCUCGCCAACAAACGAAGCCUGGCUUAUUCCCUAUAUGUGGAAGGGUAUGAUGUUUGGAUUGGGAACGCCAGGGGCACCCAAUUCAGCCAACACCACAGAAAACAUCUUACUAAUACCAAAGAGUUCUGGGAUUUCAGUUUCCACGAGAUGGGAAUAAAAGACGUCCCGGCAGUCCUACAAUUCAUCAGGGCGAGAACCGGGAAGUCCAAAAUCCACUAUAUUGGGCACUCUAUGGGCACUACAAUGUUUCUGGUCAUGGCCUCACUUCUUCCUGAAGAACUCAAUCACAUCGACACCGUCACCCUGAUGGCUCCAGUUGCCGUGCCAAAACAUAUGGCCGCGUUUGCUUCGAAAAUCAAAAGGCGACUUGCCUACUUUACAGUGAAAAAUCUUCGAAACAUCGGAAUGCAGAGGCAUAAACAACAAAAGUGGCUUGGCAGAUUUGUGUACAAAACGUGCGAAGCUAACAACUUUGUUGGAAGGAUGUGCAAAAAAAUCUUUUGUGAUUCUCAAAAUGAGGUUCUUGUGGCACAAGUCGUCUUAAAAGAAGAUGAAACUUUAAAAAACACACGUGAAAGUGGCGAAAUUGAGGAAAAUAAUGAAACAAUUGAAAGUGUAGCGGGACCUAUUAGAAUCUUAAGGGAAGGACCUAUUACAGUGGACAAAGUAUGUUACCCAAGUAAAUUCGACCAUGCCAAUGCAGAAGAGGCCAUUGAGUACUUUUUUGACGGGACAUCGUGGAAAACUCAUCAGCAUUUCCUUCAGGUCAUCGAGGCAGGAAGAUUCCAAAAAUUUGAUUAUGAAAAAGACAAUCCGAAAGAGUACGAUGGACGAACUACGCCUGAUAUUUAUCCUAUAAAGAAUAUAAAAAAACGAAUUUACCUUAUGUCAGGAGGCAAAGACACCGUAGCUCUAACCGAGGAUGUCAGAUGGCUCCAUGAUCGUUUGCAAGAUUCAUGGUUGAUAGAGGAAGGUUUCCAAGAGUUCACCCAUGAUUCGUUCCAUCUCGGAGAGGAUGUUCAGCGAGUGUUCAUUACCGUGUUGCGAAUCAUUCACUCCUCAGAGGCUGGUGUGGAACCGAGUGGCUUACCGGAGAAUGUAGUAAAAAGGAAGGUUCCUCCCACCGAGGAUUCGGAGCCUGGAACCAUCCAGAAGAAAACAACAAAAAAAUGGUUUUCUUGGAGUAAAAGUUCAUCUAAGCUCGAUGAAAAUCCUAAAGGAAUUUAACAAUUGUUCACCCUUACUUAAAAACUUUCACAAUGUUGAUGUUAUC